AUGAAUUUGAACGGUAAUAAUCGUACUGUGCGAAAGAAGCAAACUCAUAAAGUGAAGAAAAAGUUGCGACGAUUGCAAAAUGCGAAAAAGUUGAAACGAUAUAUGGUAGAUGCAAUUAAAGAUGUUAACUUAAGGAAACAUGCGAAUGCCCGAAAACGAGCUAUUAAUAUCGAGGAUGACUGGUGUGCCGAUCGUCAAAUUGUAGCUGAAAAUGAAGCAGAUGAUGACAUUCUUCCGUUGGAUAUGCUUGAUGCAGAUAUCGAUUGGGAGAACAGUGCAUUUGCUUCAAAAAUUAGACGUAUUGAAAAAGCUAAAAAUGAUGCUGGAAUUGACGAUAUCGAAAGCAAAACACGUAAAUUUCCUGGGACAUUGGAUGAGAAUAUGCGAGAGUUAUUGCCCAUUAAAGUGGGUGCCAAAGUAAUAAGGCAAACAUGUAGGAAAGAUGAGUUUGAAUGUAGUGAAGACAUAAAAAAUAACCAGGAAGAAAAUGACGAUAAUCAAAUUGAUUUGUCUCAGUUGAGUGCAGCAGAGUUGCUAAAAUUAUGCCACGAUCAUGUGGAGGAAGCAAAAAGUAGAAUUAGCAAUAUAGCACACUUAAUUAUUGCGGAUCCUCAUACUGAGGUGCACAAAUUGAAAGAAUUGCAUUUAUUGUCUACAGGCAAAGAUGUUUUUUCACUGGCUCGUGAAACUGUGACAAAACUUGCAAUUGUUUCAUUGGCUGAAGUUUUUGUGGAUAUAAUUCCCGGUUAUGCUAUAAGGCCUCAUACGGAAGAAGAGGUGGUUCAGAAACUUAAAAAAGAAACGAAGAAGUUAUAUGAUUUUGAGCAGACACUUCUACAAUACUAUCUGAAGUAUUUACAACAUUUGGAAAGCCAUGCUGGUAAGUUAUUAAAAGCUUCCAAACAACCGAAUAGUGAUCUGCCUAUCCUUUGCUUGAAAUGCCUUUCACGAGUUCUUCUGUCUGCGCCUCAUUUCAAUUACGCAUCAAAUAUAAUCAGUUUUGUAGUUCGCAUAGCCACUUCAAAUUCCAAGGUGGCUAUCGAUAUAUGUUGUUCUACACUGGGUGAUUUGUUUCACAACGAUUUAAACUUUCGAAUAUCUGCUACUGCAGCGAGAUCUAUUGCAUCUAUUGUGAAUAAGAAAAAAGGCAACGUACCACCAGCACUGAUCGCAGCAUUCCUGAAAUUGAAAGUAAAGGAAGUAAAUAAAGGUAAGAAAAAUCAAGGGAAGGAGAAGUUAUUGAAUAAGAAGAGACUGCUGAAUAAGGAGAAGAAAAAGAAAAGUAAAGAAAGGUUCGCCAAACAGCUGAAGAAACUGGAGGCUGAUUUGAAAGAAGUUGAAGCAGCUGAAUCUAUUUCAGCAAAACUGUCGUUCGCAACCGAAACAAUGAAUCACGUAUUUGCAACAUACUUUCGUGUCAUAAAGCGAUUACCCACGACAAAUUUAUUGGAACCAGUACUAGAAGGUUUGGCUAAAUUUGCGCAUUUAAUCAACGUCGAAUUCUUUGAUGACAUGAUAUCUGCAUUAUCAUCACUCAUCAAUCAGCAGCAUCUUCGACUAGUGGAUUCGUUACGAUGCAUAUAUACAUCAUUUGUUAUGCUUUUCGGUGAAGGUGUUGCUUUGAAUAUUGACCCAUCUCGAUUUUAUUGGUCGAUGUACCGUUUAUUACCUUCUUUAGCAUUUGAAAAGCAGCAAGAUGCACUUGCAAACACAUUAUCGCUGACUUUACGUACGUUAGAUUUAAUGAUUAACUCCCGUCGUAAACAAGUUCCGGUGUGUCGUGUAGCCGCUUACACCAAACGUUUAUUAGCGCUAGCGUUUUUCCUACCCUCUUCUGGCGCAGCAUCUAUUUUAUUGUGUAUCAGAUCUUUUUUCAUUGCUUAUCCGAAACUAGACUGCAUGAUGGAAAAUACAGAUGGGAGCUCUUAUAUUGAGUCUUUCAAGCCAGAACUUGACGAUCCAGAUUGUUGUGGUGGACUUUCUUCAUCAAUAAUCGCCGAAAUAAACAUCUUUGCUAGACAUUCCGACAAAACAGUUAGAAUGAUAGCACGAUAUCUUCAGUCUGGCUUGCCGUCUUCAGGACCGAAUUGUCUGUUGCUGAAAUAUUCAAUGAAGAAAGCAUACGAGUGGUAUGAAGAAAACAAGAAUGCGGGUGGAGUUGAUGACGAGCCUUUUUUAUGAAACAUAUCAUUGCUUUCGCAACGAAGCAUAAGUUGCAACUGACAUCAAAGACGUUGCAUCCGUUAGUGUGCAAAUGGGCUGAAGAAAACAUAGAGAGGAAGUUAUAAGUG